AACCCACAACAAUGCAAGUUCCAACCCAAACCAUUCAAAACCCUCAACUACCCACACUUGAACUCAUUGACAGUCUCAAGGAACUGGACAUGAAUUCUCAGUCACUGCCUUCCAUAACGAAAGAGGCGGAUGGAGAUAAUAAAGAGCGAGAGAGAGCUCUGUAUGCUCUGAGGACGCAUCGCAGCACCUCCUCUCCCAUUGCUCGCCUUCCACCAGAGCUCUUGUCUCUGAUAUUCUCUUUCUUGAGUGGCCCAAGUUCUCCUACGUCUGGGCGACACCCUGCCUUCUGGGCAUGGCAGACUGUCACGUACGUGAGCCGCAUGUGGCGGAAUGUAGCCCUCGGCACUCCUACCCUCUGGACACAUAUCGACUUUCAAUCUCAGACCUGGACAACCGAAUUUCUCGCGCGAUCCAAGGCUACGUUUCUGACUGUCAAAGGAGACAUCAGAGACGAACAAGCGUCUAUCGACCUCGCGGACAUGGUGUUGAAGGAGCUCCCUCGUAUACGAGAACUUUCUCUCGCAUGCAAUGCAGACAUUCUCACCUUGCUUGAGCAUAGGCUCACUCAACCAGCGCCGUUCCUGGAGACUUUGUCGCUUGUUGUCACUCAUUCUGACAGAUGGUUCCGGGACACGUACGUGCUUCCAGCUGCCGCAUUCGAUGGACACGCUUCACGACUACGUGAACUCAACCUACGAGGAUGCGUUGUGGAUCCU